CGCAGGGGACAAGAGGUCAAGAGCACGGUGGCUGGCGCCUCCACAGUCCACACCCCAGUCCGCUCCUGUCGAUGCUCUCUCACCUCAGCUGCUCGCUCCUAGUCUAUUCAGGUGAAAUUUGGGUUAUCUCUGGUUCUCAUUGAUUAGUCACACAUGAACUGAACUGGCUUUUCCACGAAGAGUUUGAAAUUUCAGUACAAGUGUCAGAUAGGAUUUGGGGAGAAAUGAUCUCUUCUAUCAGCUUGUUUGGAAGCUCCCACGCUCACAAAUUUUACAGAAAAUGCUUGCCAAACAACCCACAUUUUGCACUGAGCAUGCAUUCAGUUACAAAGUCCUUGGGUAAAGCUAUGAGUAUGAAGAGGGCACGUUUGAAGCCACAUGCCACAGACAUCAGGAGGAACCCCCAGGCCCAUGAUCUUUACAAAUUGGUUUAUAGGCUUCCUGAAAACCUUAGCUGGCUGAUGCAACCAGAAAUUACUAAAAGACCGGCCUCAAAGAAGAAAAAACAGAAGGAAGAAAUGGUGACUGGUAACCAGCUUGGUGUGAUCUUGGAGUGGGAAGGAGUUGUUGUGGAAGAUGAUGAUACAGACUUGGAGCCCCGGGUUUGGUAUGUUCUAUCACUUGAAGAGGCAAAAUCUUUCCCUCCGGAUGCAGUGCUGAAGGAAAUUGAGGGAAUGAGAACUGAUCAGGCUAUAUCAGAAGUCUUAUGUUGGUCAGAAGAUCCAGAAGAAAUUCAAAGGUUGGCAGCGCGCAAGGAGGUAAUAUAUCAAACACUCCGAGGCGGAUACUACAAGCUGCGACCAGGUGUUCUUGAUUUCUUGAACACCCUUGUGGAUUUUGACAUUCCAAUAGCAAUUGCCGCUCCUCGCUCACGGAUGAGCCUUGAAGAAGGGAUCAAAAGUGUUGGUCUGCAAGGCUAUUUUGAUGCCAUAAUUGCAUUAGAGGAUUUCUGCCAUGGUAAACCUGAUGGUGAGAUGUUUGAGGUCGCAGCAGAGCAACUUGGUCUUGAGCCAGAUGUUUGUGUUGUGUUUGGUAACUCAAACUUGACAACGGAAUCUGCACAUACUGCUGGAAUGAGGUGCAUAGCGGUUGCGAGCCGACACCCUGCCUAUGAGCUCCAAGCAGCAAACCAUGUUGUGAGAUGGCUUGAUCAGCUCUCUAUUGUUGACUUGCAGAAACUUGCUAAUGGUGAGGUUAUUGGUCGCAGGGGCAGAGAAUCUGAUAUGGAUAUGGAGAUUGUGAUCGAGGAAUGAUGCUUCUGCAAACAUGACGUACCGAUAUAUUGUUGUACUUAUAACAAUGAAAUAACCCAAGUAACGCAUUACAUUUUGUAAACAGACCAAGCAGUGCAAAAUCAGGACUAAGGGUAGUCCUGAGCUUGCAUUACCUGCUUGGUUUUCUCGUGAUGCAUCACUGGAACUCCUUUAGCUUAACCAUUAGAAGAUGGAAGUGAAGAAACUCCUACCCUGUAAUCUUUUGCCUGUGCAGUAUAUAUGUAUUCCCUUUUCAUUUC